GGGAACUCAGUGAACCUGGGACGUCUAUACAUAUGUGAAGCCGCCUGAGCUGCAGGAGGCAGCACAAAGGAAGAUCAGAAGAGUGGACACUGACGGAGGAGGACAGCCUCUUUCCUGGCUUGCCAACACCAUGGACAGCUCCCAUUAACUAGGACACCUCGCCACCCUUGGGACGUGGGACUCCUAUGCCCCCUUCCUGUUAAAUCGGGAUUUCAUCCACCAUUCUCAGGGCACACCGAAGUUACACCCUAGUUCCAGUGUUGGAAUCUGCAGCCCCUCGGCCAUGCCUCUCCUGGAAGGUUCCGUGGGGGUGGAGGACCUCGUCCUCCUGGAACCCCUGGUGGAGGAGUCACUGCUCAAGAACCUUCAGCUUCGCUAUGAAAACAAGGAGAUUUAUACCUACAUUGGGAACGUGGUGAUCUCAGUGAAUCCCUACCAACAGCUGCCCAUCUAUGGCCCAGAGUUCAUUGCCAAGUAUCGGGACUACACCUUCUAUGAGCUGAAGCCCCAUAUCUACGCAUUGGCAAAUGUGGCAUACCAGUCACUGAGGGACAGGGACCGAGACCAGUGUAUCCUCAUCACAGGCGAGAGUGGAGCCGGGAAGACUGAGGCCAGCAAGCUGGUGAUGUCUUACGUGGCUGCCGUCUGCGGGAAAGGGGAGCAGGUGAACUCGGUGAAGGAGCAGCUGCUUCAGUCUAACCCAGUGCUGGAGGCUUUUGGCAAUGCCAAGACCAUUCGCAACAAAAACUCCUCUCGAUUUGGAAAAUACAUGGAUAUUGAGUUUGACUUCAAGGGAUCCCCCCUCGGUGGCGUCAUCACAAACUAUCUGCUUGAGAAAUCCCGCGUGGUGAAGCAGCUCAAGGGAGAAAGGAACUUCCACAUCUUCUAUCAGCUACUGGCUGGAGCGGAUGCCCAGCUGCUGAAGGCCCUGAAGCUUGAGCGGGAUGUGCGUGGCUAUGUCUAUCUGAACCAGGAGGUUUCCAGAGUGGAUGGCAUGGAUGAUGCCUCCAGCUUCAAGGCUGUACAGAAUGCAAUGACAGUGAUCGGGUUCUCGGAGGAGGAGAUCCAACAGGUGCUGGAGGUGACAGCCCUGGUGCUGAAGCUGGGGAAUGUGAAGGUGGCUGACGAGUGCCAGGCCAAUGGGAUACCAGCAAGUGGCAUCUGUGAUGGGAGAGAUGUUCAGGAGAUUGGGGAGUUGGUCGGUUUAAAGUCAAAGGAACUAGAGAGAGCUUUGUGCUCAAGGACCAUGGAAACGGCCAGAGAAAAGGUGGUCACUGCACUGAAUGUCAUCCAGGCUCAGUAUGCUCGGGACGCUCUGGCUAAGAACAUCUACAAUCGACUCUUCAACUGGAUAGUGAAUCGAAUCAAUGAGAACAUCAAGGUCGGCACCGGAGAGAAGAAGAAGGUCAUGGGGGUCCUGGAUAUCUACGGUUUUGAGAUACUGGAGGAUAAUAGCUUCGAGCAAUUCGUGAUCAACUACUGCAAUGAGAAGCUGCAGCAGGUGUUCAUAGAGAUAACCCUGAAAGAGGAGCAGGAGGAGUAUAAGAGAGAGGGCAUACCAUGGACAAAGGUGGACUACUUUGAUAACGGCAUCAUCUGCAACCUCAUUGAGCAUAAUCAGCGAGGCAUCUUGGCCAUGUUGGACGAGGAGUGUCUGCGGCCUGGGGUGGUCAGUGACUCCACUUUCCUGGCGAAGCUGAACCAGCUUUUCUCCAAGCAUGGUCACUACGAGAGCAAAGUCACCCAGAAUGCCCAGCGCAAGUAUGACCACAGCAUGGGCCUCAGCUGCUUCCGCAUCUGCCACUACGCGGGCAAGGUGACAUACAACGUGGCUGGCUUUAUUGACAAGAACAAUGACCUACUCUUCCGAGACCUGUCCCAGGCCAUGUGGAAGGCUCAGCACCCCCUCCUUCAGUCCUUGUUUCCUGAGGGCAACCCCAAGCAGGUGUCUCUCAAACGCCCCCCGACUGCUGGGGCCCAGUUCAAGAAUUCUGUGGCCAUCCUCACAAAGAACUUGUAUUCCAAGAACCCCAACUACAUCAGGUGCAUAAAGCCCAAUGAGCACCAGCAGCGAGGCCUGUUCGUCUCAGACCUGGUGGCCACCCAGGCUCGCUACCUGGGGCUGCUGGAGAAUGUGCGGGUGCGACGGGCGGGCUAUGCCUACCGCCAGGGGUACGGACCCUUCCUGGAAAGGUACCGACUUCUGAGCCGGAGCACCUGGCCUCACUGGAACAGAGGAGACAGGGAAGGGGUCAAGAAGGUCCUGGAGGAGCUGAGCCUGUCCUCAGAGGAGCUGGCCUUUGGGAAGACAAAGAUUUUCAUAAGAAGCCCCAAGACUCUUUUCUACCUGGAAGAGCAGAGGCGCCUUCGGCUCCAGCAGCUGGCCACGCUCAUCCAGAAGACCUACCGUGGCUGGCGCUGUCGCACUCACUACCAGCUUAUGCGGAAGAGUCAGAUCCUCAUUUCCUCUUGGUUUCGGGGCAACAUGCAAAAGAGACACUAUGGGAAGAUAAAGGCAUCCACGCUGUUGAUCCAGGCUUUCGUGAGAGGGUGGAAGGCCCGCAAGAAUUACCGAAAGUAUUUCCGGUCAGGGGCUGCCCUCACCUUGGCAAAUUUCAUCUACAAGAGUAUGGCACAGAAAUUCCUGCUGGGGCUGAAGAACAACUUGCCAUCCACCAGUGUCUUGGAUCGCAGGUGGCCCGCCGCCCCUUACAGGUGCUUCAGCACAGCCAAUCAGGAGCUGCGGCAGCUCUUCCACCAGUGGAAGUGCAAGAAGUUCCGGGAUCAGCUGGCCCCCAAGCAGGUAGAGAUGCUGAGGGAAAAGCUCUGUGCCAGUGAACUGUUCAAGGGCAAGAAGGCUUCCUAUCCCCAGAGUGUCCCUAUCCCAUUCCGCGGUGACUACAUUGGGCUGCAAGGAAACCCCAAGCUGCAGAAGCUGAAAGGUGGGGACGAAGGGCCUGUUCUGAUGGCAGAGACUGUGAAGAAGGUCAAUCGUGGCAACGGCAAGACUUCUCCUCGGAUUCUUCUCCUAACCAAGGGGUAUGUGAUUCUCACAGACCCCAAAAAGUCCCAGGUCAAAACUGUCAUUGGGCUGGACAGAGUGACCGGGGCGUCAGUCAGCAGCCUCCAGGAUGGGCUCUUUAGCCUGCAUCUGAGUGAGAUGCCAUUGGUGGGCUCCAAGGAGGCCAAGGGGGACUUCCUGCUGGUCAGUGAGCAUGUGAUUGAACUGCUGACUAAAGUGUACCGAGCUGUGCUGGAGGCCACGCAGAGGCAGCUUCCAGUCGCCGUGACUGAACAGUUCUCAGUGAAGUUCAAGGAGAGCAGUGUGUCUGUCAAGGUCAUCCAGCACCCGGGGGGUGGUGGGAGCAGCAAGCUAAGCUGCAAGAAGAAGGGGAGUCAUUGCCUGGAGGUUACCGUGCAGUGAGGAGGUGGGGGCCCAACAUGGGAUGGCAGCUUCUUCUCCCCAGACCAGACCAGCCCCUCUGCCCACCUGUGUGGGAAGAUCUCACGUCUAACCCCUGAUUGUGGCAGGGGUGCUUUGAGAUUGAAGAACCCUUGAAAGAACCCUUCUCCCAAACCCUUCCAGUACUCUCCUCCAAAAGUAACUUCCUCCCACCCUCAGCCUCUUUGUCCACCAAUAAAACUUGUGACUUGGAAAGGU